AUGGACUUUCCAGAGAGGCUCAGCGAUGACAAGAAAGAGUAUUCUCAAGAAGACAAAAGAUUCCUGGCAUCGGUGAACAGUUCUAUCUUUCACAAAGACGGUCACUACUGUAUCGGCUUGCCUUUCAAAGCAGAAGAUUUAAAGCUUCCUAAUAACAAGUUCAUGACAGAAAAGCGCCUUGGCAGCCUAAAGCACAAGCUACAGAGAAACAGUGAAUUAAAAAAUGACUACAAAGAGUUCAUGUCAAAGAUUUUGUGUGAAGGAUAUGCUGAACAAGUCCCAGAAGAAGACCUACAGCGGACAGAUGGAAGGGUGUGGUAUAUUCCGCAUCAUGCAGUCUACCAUCCUCGCAAGCCAAAUAAGAUUAGAGUGGUUUUUGACUGCGCAGCUAAUUACCAGGGAGUAUCUUUGAAUGACACGUUACUUCAAGGACCAGAUCUCACAAACAGUUUGAUGGGUGUACUCCUCAGAUUCCGUCAGGAAAAGAUAGCUAUAAUGGGAGACAUAGCCACAAUGUUCUACCAAGUACAAGUUCCAAGAAGUGACCGUGACUGCCUCCGAUUCUUUUGGUGGCCGAAUGCUGAUCUUGAAAAUGAUCCGGUUGCCUAUCGCUUGAGGGUCCAUCCCUUUGGAGCAGUGUCGUCGCCGAGUUGCGCAAGCUUUGCUCUGAAGCAAACUGCAAAGGAUAACAGUGAGCUCUAUGGGGAGGCCUCGUGUGAAGUGGUAAAGAAAUGCUUCUAUGUUGAUGAUUGUCUUGUCGCUGUCAGCCAAGAACAAGAAGCUGCUCAUUUGAUUAAGAGUACCACGGCCCUUUGCAGAGAAGCUCCCUUUGUGCUGAAGGCCAAAAUUCUUCUGCAGAGUCUUUGCCGACGAGGCAUAGGAUGGGAUGAAGAGAUUAAGGGAGAAGAUCUUACAAUUUGGAACCAGUGGUUGAGUGAGGUGAAAGAGCUAGAUCAGCUAAGAAUCAGGAGAUGCUAUAAGCCACCAGGAUUCGGUAAGGUUGUGAGCUGCCAGCUUCAUAUAUUUGCAGAUGCCAGUGAAGUAGGCUAUGGCGUAGCCGCCUAUCUCCGUCUUGGUAAUGAGUCUGGGCAAAUCAGCUGUUCACUUGUGACAGGCAAAGCAAGGGUUGCCCCUUUAAAGAACAUGACUAUCCCACGUAUGGAGCUGACUGGAGCAACGAUUGCAGUGAAGUUCGGCAAAGUCCUUACUCGAGAGCUUGACUUCAACGUAGAUAGCACUUACUACUGGACAGACAGCAUGACUGUAUUACGGUACCUCGCGAACGAGAGUUGUCGUUUCAAGACUUUUGUUGCGAACCGUCUUGCAAUCAUCAGAGAUGCCUCGAGCUUGCAGCAGUGGAAGUAUGUGAACACCAAAUCUAACCCCGCUGAUUGUGCAACACGUGGUCAGUCAGUAAAGAAGUUUCUCCAGUGCCCCAUGUGGUUUGAGGGUCCAGCAUUCCUGUCUGAGCCUGAAUCAGAAUGGCCUAAGCAAGAUACAGAUCUGACCAAGUUACCAGAUGAUGACGUUGAGGUGAAGCAAACCGUAAUGACGACCACAGAGAAAUCAAUCAGUCCAAUUGACAGGCUUCUGGAGCACUAUUCAAACUGGACCAGACUGAAACGAGGGGUUGCUUGGAUUCUGGUGUGGAUGAAACGCCUCCAAGAUAGAGUGGCUGCAGGCAAGCAGUUAGAACAGACAUCAGUGAAUCAAGAGUUGGAGCAACAAGAAUCCAAUUCGCUGGUGCACUCUUCAAAGCCCAAAUCAGACCAGAGCAGAGGUCGAGAAACUCAUGACCAUACUCAACUUACCAUAGAGAACCUUGAGGAUGCUGAGAGGGCUUUGGUGUACUAUGUCCAGCAGAAACAUUGGAAAGAGGAAGUUAAGUUGUUAACAGAGACGGAAGGAAAACCACCCUCGCCAGUGAAGAAUUCUUCGUCGUUGAAAAGACUUGAUCCUAGACUGGUGGAUGGCUGUCUACGUGUUGGUGGUCGAAUUGGAAGAGCAGAUCUCGACUUUGAGUCCAAGCACCAGCUUCUGCUGCCGAGAGACUCGCCAGUAUCCAGACUGAUUCUUCAUCACAUACACAAAUCAAUUGGACACUUGGGCAAAAAUUCUAUCUUGGCAGAGCUCCGCCGACACUACUGGAUAAUUGGGGCACCUUCAAUCAUCAAGAGUAUUGUCUCAAAGUGUGUCACUUGCAGGAGAUACCAAGCCCCAGCUGAGCAGCAGAAAAUGGCCAGUUUGCCACAGGAGCGAUUUGCAUUGAACGAGCCUCCAUUUAGCAAGGUUGGAAUGGACUAUUUUGGGCCUUUUGAAGUGAAGCGCGGGAGAAGUGCAAAACGUGAGAUGCAAGAGCAGAUGAAAGCCUGGAAUCAACAGAAGAUUAAUGACAGUCUACUUCAAAAGGGCAUAUCCUGGCAUUUCAAUCCUCCAGCAGGAUCCCACUUUGGAGGAGUUUGGGAGCGUUUGAUUAGAAGCACCAGGAAAAUCCUCUACUCCCUGUUGCGAGAGCAGAAUGUAAAACUAAGUGACGAGUCUCUGCAAACGUUCUGUGAGGUUGAAGCUAUUAUGAAUGGACGACCACUAACCGAAUGCCCCAACAGUCCACAUGAUCUAGAUGUCCUGACUCCUAAUCAUCUGCUUCUGCAGCGACCGGGUGAGAGUCUGCCUCCCGGAUUGUUUGACAAGCGGGACAAGUAUCCUGUGAAACAGUGGCGAUAA